UUAGAGAAAUAUGGCGACUUCCAGUGAGAACUCAGAAAGUAGCGAAAGUUUCCUAAGAAAACGACGUGGAGAUCCGCUCAUUUCAGACAGUCAUGCAAAUGACAACAGCAGCGAGACAGUGCAAGACGAAGACUUGACCAAAUAUGAUAAGAAAUGUGGUGUAUCGUUGCAAACUGGGACCUACUGGCUCACGCGGAUUGUGCUGUUGCGAGCCAUUGCUUUCAUCUACUUUGUUGCUUUCACUGUUGCACACAACCAGAACAAACAGCUCAUUGGAGAGAAAGGGCUCAUGCCAUGCAAGGACUACCUCAGGAGUGUCAAACGCUAUGUGGGUGGGAAGAUUGGCAUUGAGGCCCUGGCAUACACUCCUUCAAUCCUCUGGUUUAUGGACUGGAAUGACAUGGAUGCCAAUCUAGAUGGCAUUGCUGUGGCAGGGAUGGCAUUGUCAGGGUUUGUUCUACUCAUGGGAAGGGCCAAUAUGAUCAUCAUGGCAUUACUUUGGAUCUUAUAUCACUCUAUUGUGAAUGUUGGACAGCUUUGGUACUCUUUUGGUUGGGAAAGCCAACUGCUGGAAACUGGAUUCUUGGGUAUCUUCCUGUGCCCACUGUGGAGCCUGGCACAGAUGCCACGAUGCUGCCCACCUUCGCUUAUCUCCAUAUGGACCUUCCGCUGGCUCAUAGUUCGCAUCAUGCUGGGUGCGGGUUUGAUCAAGAUCAGAGGUGACCAGUGUUGGAGGGAUCUCACCUGUAUGGACUACCAUUAUGAGACCCAGCCGGUUCCUAACCCCAUGUCCUACUACAUGCACCAUUCUCCAUGGUGGUUCCAUCGGUUUGAGACGCUUAGCAAUCACUUCAUCGAGCUCGUUGUGCCUUUCCUCACCUUCAUGGGGCGGCGAAUGUGCAUGGUGAACGGGGCCCUCCAGAUCCUCUUCCAGGUCGUUCUGGUCAUAAGUGGGAAUCUGAGUUUUCUAAACUGGUUGACUAUUGUGCCCAAUCUGGCCUGUUUUGAUGAUGCUGCUCUAGCUUUUCUGUUCCGCCACUCCGGAGGAGCCAGACAGACUUUACUGAAGAUACAGACAGAGAAGGCUGCAGGCCACAAUCCACAGCCCAAUAAAGGUGUGCUGAUAAGGCGUGUGGUGAAUGUGUCUUUGGGGGUUUUGAUAGCAUAUCUGAGCGUCCCAGUGGUGAUGAACCUGCUGAGUUCCAGACAGGUGAUGAACACCUCGUUUGAUCCCCUGCGGAUAGUCAACACAUACGGAGCCUUUGGCAGUAUCACUAAGGAGCGGACAGAGGUGGUGUUUCAGGGCACACUGAGUGUAAACCACACUGAAGAGGGGGUGAUAUGGGAGGAGUAUGAGUUCCUGUGUAAACCUGGAGCUCUGAACAGAAGACCUUGCCUCAUCUCCCCAUUCCACUACAGGCUGGACUGGCUUAUGUGGUUUGCUGCCUUCCAGACAUAUGAACAGAAUGAGUGGGUUAUUCACAUAGCAGGCAGACUGUUGGCAAAUGACUCCACUGUUCUUUCUCUAAUGGGACACAACCCAUUUCAGGGCAGAGAGCAACCCAGGUGGAUACGAGGGGAACAUUUCCGAUAUAAAUUCACUCGCCCAGGCAGUACCAGUGCCACCCAGGGGAAAUGGUGGGUCAGGAAGCGAAUCGGACCUUACUUCCCCCCUGUCAACCUGGAGGGCCUCAGCAGGUACUUUCAGUCCAGGAACUGGCCUCUUCCAGACAGCUAUUAAGUCAUCCCACAAAACUGAAGGGUUCAGGACAUCUUGGAUAUGCCUUCUUUUUAUAUUCCUUGUGUCCAUACACUGAAGUAUACUUGAUUGGUCUUGUCAAAACUGUGCCAAAGAGGAUAUGUUAUAUAAGUA